GUCUUACCAAGAAGCUGUCAAACUAUCUGUAUUGCAAGCUGUAAACAAAAGCCAGCGUCGCUUUUCGGUCCGUCGGAGCUGUUUGUCCAGGAUAACACAGCUCACAGAAAGGGGAAAAUGGAAGACGAUGUCCUAACCACGCUGAAAAUAUUAAUAAUAGGAGAAAGUGGUGUCGGGAAGUCAAGCCUCCUCUUAAGAUUCACUGAUGACACAUUUGACCCAGAACAAUCAGCUACAAUAGGUGUCGACUUCAAAGUGAAGACCAUUUCCGUGGAUGGCAACAAGGCCAAGCUGGCAAUAUGGGACACAGCUGGACAGGAGCGCUUUCGGACCCUAACACCUAGUUAUUACCGCGGUGCCCAGGGAGUCAUCCUCGUGUACGACGUCACUCGGCGGGAAACCUUCACCAAGCUGGACAACUGGCUGAAUGAGCUGGAGACGUACUGCACAAGAAACGACCUGGUCAAGAUGCUCGUGGGAAACAAAAUCGAUAAGGAAAACCAUGAGCUGGACCGGGCCGAAGGGCUGAAGUUUGCGAGAAAACAUUCCAUGCUUUUUAUAGAGGCGAGCGCGAAGACGAAGGACGGCGUCCAGUGUGCGUUUGAGGAGCUGGUGGAGAAGAUCAUCCAGACUCCCGGUUUAUGGCAGAGCGACAACCACAGCCGGGCUGUCCAGCUCACAGACGAAGACGCCGGACCUGGAACCUGCGGCGGAUACUGCUCCGUGGUGUAGCCGACACGCGUGUUCAAACAAGCACAUACCCUCAAAUGCUUCAACGAACCCCCCUCCCCCCCUCCUGUUAGGUCUUGUCCUGAGCUGAGCUGUCCUCCGGUCUGAAAGGACCAACCGUCCACACACGGCUGCAGCUCAGCUUUCCUGCUGAGAGAUUCCAGCGUUUCCUUCCCGUGUUUUGUUUUCUGUCGCAGUUUCAGGACCUCAGUCAGUUUGAACGUUGGCAGAAAAAUGAAGCCAAAGUUUCUCAGACAGAAGAGCAGAAAUGAGGAUGGAAACCUUGUGUCUCCAGCUUAGUCUUUUUCUUUUUUUUUGUCUCGAAGCACCUUGCCUUAGCAUGCACAUCUGUAUCGACGCAGGACCGACUUUUCUCCAGUGUUUGUCUUUCCCCUGCCACCCCCCCCCGCCGCCCUCCUCCUCACACAGACUCUGAAUAUUAUGCUGCUUAUGGAGAAGCUUAUCAGGCCAAGCUGCGCUCUAUCCCGUCUCACCGCUUUGAUCAUGUGUCUCUGUUGUCCACACAACCGCCACAUUGUCUUUCCAAGUGUUUGGAUGGUGUUUUAUUUCUUUUAUUGACUUGGACCUCAAACUUUAGCAGAGGAGUUUCAUAAAUCAAAGAGACAGGCACCAGCAGGCUUUCCACUGGAUGCUGCAGUAGAGGGAACCUUUUAAAUUGCACGCCUUCUUCCUCUUCGUUCUUUUUUAAUGUAAUGAGUUGCUUUAAUGGAGUGUAGCUUACUCACCCAGACAGAUAAUAUCAGUAAUAUCACAAGUAAUGCCACGAGUCUCCCACGGAUCCUUUCUGGUCCGAGACAAAGGAGACGUGUUCAAUAUGAAGCAGUGUGAGUCAUCAGGGUGUUUCCACUCAAUUUGGAAAAUCAAAGAAAAAGCUGAUGGAUUUCCCAGCGCUCCCAGACCUCGGACCAUGUUUGCAGGGUCCGGGUUUGAUCUCCGGACGGGGUGGCGUAAGUGUCACGUCUGCCCACAUGUACGUGCUUUUAAAUCUCUUUUAAUUGCAUGAAAUCUGUGUGCCAUUCUUCUUUGUUUUUGUUUAGUUCCAGCCUUUCAGGUUCUUGUUAUAAAGACUUUAACUUCGUAGAAAAUGGGACGUGGCAUGCAAAGGUUUGGGCACCCAGAUCAAAAUUUAUGUUCCUGGUAACAGUUCAGCAAGAAAUGAGCUGAAUUAAGCAUGAAAGUAAAGGUGGCACAUUAUUUUCAACGUUUUUAAGGAGGAUUAUUUAUAUUUUGUACACUUUUAGCACUGCAAAAGUAUGGGAACCCCUGGAGAUUUGAACCUGGUAGAGUUGCGGUUUGUUCAGUCAUGGUCAGGAAAGGCCAGCUGAUGCAAGUUUUAAAGUUUUCUAUAUACACUCCGACUCCUCCUACCUUGUCCCAAGCAGCAGCCAUGCCCUCCUCUAAGCAGUUGUCACAGCUACUGAUGUUUUUUUAGGAAGCAGCUUCCUCACUUCUGUUGACUUUGAUCUUCUCUGUUCAUACAAAGUGUUUCGCUGAUGUGAACAAUAACACUUUCUACUCUGUACAUGUGACACGAUUGAUGUCAUUGGAAAGAUGUGUCGCUCUGACUCAGGAUAAUAAAGAACCGAGCCGUUGAUAACCAGACAGAAGAACGACACACGGACAGCUGAUGACGUGAUCACUGAUAACUGUUUGUGUAUGAUGAGACCUUCACUUCUUCUCCUAUAAAUGAUUCUUUGGGCCUGUGCACCACAAAUGCUGAUGAUUAAACCCAGAAGGACAAUUCUUUCACAAAGGCUUUGGUAAUAACGAAUAAUUUUCCGCCACAGUUCCUAACAGUAUGAAGAUUAUAUGAGCUGUUUUCAGUGGGGACUGCUUGAAGAUCGCUCUAAAGGCAAAUAAAACCCUCAUCUGGCUGUCAGUGACCUUCAGGAGGGUUAUCAGACUCAUUUUGCACCAACACCAGCACAAAUAUGACCUCCAUGGGCGAGUCGGUGGAAGGAAACCUCUCAUGCUGACGCAUGUUAGAAAGGUGUCCUGUGGACUGAUGAGGUUAAAGUAGAACUCUCCGAUCCAGCUGUGAAGCACGGAGGUGGAACAAUCAUGCUUUGUGUUGGUGUUGCAGCCAGUGGCACAGGGAGCAUUUCAAGGGUAUUGGAAAGAAUAGAUUCACUACCAUUCCAUUAAAUUCUGGAUGCAAACAUAAAUCUAUCCGUAAAGAAGCUGAAGGUGGAAAAAAGGAUGUUUCCUAAAGAUGGAUGAUUGAAGGUUUUACUACGGCCCUCAUCGUCUCCUGACAUCACAGAAAAUCUGGAUAGACCAAAGAAUCAGACCUAGGAAUCUCCUAGGACCGAAAGAAUGGAGUAAAAUCCCUCAAGAGCAGAAAGAUUCAGCUGGCUACAUAAAGUCUCUACAAGCCCUGGUACCAGGUCAUAGCCAUGCGGGGUGCCCAAACUUUUGCUUUUGGACUUUUUUUUUUCUUCUUUCUUUUCUGUGAAAUGAAAAAAAGUAAAUGAAAAAAAAAAGUAUUUAAAACAAAGGAAAAGCCUCAUCUUUAACAUUAUGCCUGUGUGGAGCUCAUUUCUUCUACUUCCUGAACUGUUAAUGACAACAGGAAUUUUGAGCAGGGAGGCCCAAACUUAUGCAUGCUACAGAAAAAGAACAAAAUGGGAGGAUUUUACUAAUUAAACUGGUAUCAGUCUGAUGUAAACCUUGUAAAUUGCAUAUUUUAAGGCUGACAGAGUUCCUGUUUUAAGAGGAUUUCUGGAUGAACUGUAAAGCUGAAUGUAAACAUAUUUCAUUAUAAAACCACCUGAUGUAUUAAACUAAAUAAAAUUCUUUUUUAAGCAA